UGGGGAUGGUAGCAAGGAUAAGACGCCCGGCGAAAGGCAAAUUAGAAAAUCAAAAGAGCCCUGCACCAUCUCCUCACCACCCCGGCGGACCGUAAACUCACGCUGCACGGAGGGCGUCAGGAGCGCGCUCGAGCUUCAUGCCUCCGGCUCUUAAAUCAGCAGAGGAGGGAAGGGGCGGGGCCGACUGCGCGGGGGGCGGGGCCUGAGGCGGCGAGGGCGGCGGCGGCAGCUGAGACCCAGACAUCUGGGACUGUUGUUCUCUCCCGGCGCGACUGCCUCAGUCAGUUCUCCCAGAGACCCGGACCUGGUCCUCUGGAGAGCGGGCGGCCCUAUCCCGCCCUCUCUGCCGUUUCCCGAAAGCUGCGGCAAGAGCUGGCGCAAACAUCCUGCGGUUGGUCUCUGAUGCCCUUCAGUGAGGAGGGGACGUCCAGACCCUAGUGAGCGCACCGCAGCCGCCCCAAAUUGGUGUCUUCGCCGGUCCCCCAGGCCCGCUCACACCAGUCUGGCUGCCAUGGCUGAAAACGCAGAGGGCGACCUGAACUCCAACCUGCUGCACACCCCCUACCACACCGGGGACCCUCAGCUAGACACGGCCAUCGAGCAGUGGCUUCGUUGGGAUAAGAAUCCCAAAACAAAAGAGCAGAUUGAAAAUCUGUUACGGAAUGGGAUGAACAAGGAGCUGCGAGAUCGUCUUUGUUGCCGAAUGACUUUCGGGACUGCAGGACUUCGUUCUGCCAUGGGGGCAGGGUUUUGCUAUAUUAAUGACCUUACAGUAAUACAAUCAACACAAGGGAUGUACAAAUACCUUGAGAGAUGUUUCUCAGACUUCAAAGAGAGAGGCUUCGUUGUUGGGUAUGACACUCGGGGUCAAGUAACUAGCAGCUGCAGCAGCCAGAGGCUUGCUAAACUCACUGCUGCAGUCUUGUUGGCUAAAGAUGUUCCUGUGUACCUUUUUUCAAGAUAUGUUCCUACACCUUUUGUACCAUAUGCAGUCCAGGAGCUCAAAGCAGUUGCAGGUGUAAUGAUUACUGCAUCUCACAAUCGCAAGGAAGACAACGGAUACAAGGUUUAUUGGGAAACUGGUGCUCAGAUCACAUCUCCUCAUGAUAAAGAAAUCCUGAAAUGUAUAGAAGAAUGUGUGGAACCAUGGAAUGGUUCUUGGAAUGAUAAUUUAGUGGAUACCAGCGCUCUGAAGAGAGAUCCUCUGCAGGACGUUUGCAGGAGAUACAUGGAAGAUCUGAAAAAGAUCUGUUUUUACAGGGAAUUAAACUCAAAGACGAACUUGAAAUUUGUGCAUACAUCCUUUCAUGGGGUGGGACAUGACUAUGUGCAGUUGGCUUUUCAAGUAUUUGGUUUUAAGCCUCCAAUUCCAGUACCAGAACAAAAAGAUCCCGAUCCAGAAUUUUCUACUGUUAAAUGCCCAAAUCCUGAAGAAGGAGAGUCUGUGCUGGAACUUUCUCUGAGACUGGCAGAGAAAGAAAAUGCCCGGAUAGUGCUAGCCACAGAUCCUGAUGCAGACCGACUGGCAGUGGCAGAACUUCAGGAGAAUGGUCAUUGGAAAGUUUUCACAGGGAAUGAGUUGGCAGCUUUAUUUGGGUGGUGGAUGUUUGAUUGCUGGAAGAAAAACAAAUCAAGAAAUACUGAUGUGAAGAAUGUUUAUAUGUUAGCCACCACGGUCUCUUCUAAAAUUUUGAAGGCAAUUGCACUUAAAGAAGGAUUUCAUUUUGAAGAAACAUUACCAGGUUUUAAAUGGAUUGGAAGUAGAAUAAAAGACCUCCUAGAGAAUGGGAAAGAAGUCCUUUUUGCAUUUGAAGAGUCUAUUGGUUUUCUGUGCGGAACUUCGGUUUUGGAUAAAGAUGGGGUGAGUGCAGCCGUUGUUGUUGCUGAGAUGGCAUCUUACCUGGAAACCAUGAGUAUAACAUUGAAACAGCAGUUGAUUAAGGUUUAUGAGAAAUAUGGUUAUCAUAUUUCAAAAACUUCAUAUUUCUUGUGUUAUGAUCCACCUACCAUCAAAAGUAUAUUUGAAAGGCUACGUAAUUUUGAUUCUCCAAAAGAAUAUCCAAAAUUUUGUGGGACAUUUGCUGUAUUGCAUAUACGGGACAUAACCACUGGAUAUGACAGCAGCCAGCCUAAUAUGAAAUCAGUAAGUAUCUAUUUUUUUGUCAAGAGCCUGGAUGUGUCCAUCUGUCCAUACUUUGUCUGGCUUUCCUGCCCACUCAUUGGCCGCACAGAUCAGCUGAAACCAUCAUUGCAGGGUCUGGUGACAUUUGAGGACGUGGCUGUGUAUUUCUCCCAGGAGGAAUGGAGGCUACUUAAUGUUACCCAGAGGCACCUGUACCGUGAUGUGAUGCUGGAGAACUAUGAGCUCAUUAGUUCACUGGGAAGCCCGAUGGCUGACUUGGAAGAUGGUUUAAAUGACACUGCCUUACUGGAAGAAGAAUUGGAGAAACUCAUUGAAGCUCUGAUUGAGAAUUUUCUUGAGCCCAGUAAGAAUGGACUGAUCUGGCGUUCUGUUUAGGGUUACACCAGUACGUCACGACUUUGCACUGGCAUAUGGAACAGAACAACCAAGAAUUCCAUGCAUUGAACCUCCUGUUAGCAUUCUCACUCUAUCUCAUCUGGCCAAGUAUCUUUUUCCUUUUAUUUUCUUUCUUUUUAGUCAGCUGACUAAGCAAACUGUAUAAAUUUUGAAGUGAAAUGGUCUGGAGGGAAAUGACUCAAAUUUUUUCAUAAUCUUGAACAAAAGUCAUUACAUUAAAAGUAUUAUAGUAACACAUCAUUCUUCCUUUAACAGAAACAUAACAAUACAAAAGUGAGUUUUCUUGUUACAGUGUGAUUGAGCUUAGUUCCAUAUCUUGUGAUUGUGUAUAGCAUGGCUUAAAAAAAAAGGCAGAUAAAUGUUACAUAAUUAUAGGGUUAGUUAAUGAAAUUACUCUAUAAAAUUGGCAAGGAAAUGGUACUGCUCCUAGAUGAUAGAAAAGUAUCAUUGUUGCAUCAUAUGUAUUAGUUUACAAAUUAGGAUAUUUGAAAUAGGGUAUUUAGCAUUUGUGGUGUAGAACAGAUGUUACAGUGUGAGGUUUCAGCACCUCUACUUCAGGUGCCCUUGGUGCAGUGUAAAUUUACUGUAUGUAUUUAAAAUUCUGACGUUUACUGAACAUAAAACAGUAGUGGCAACACUCCAGUAGUGACUUUGUUCCUGUCAAAUUUCUCAGUGCCUUCUCAGGGUCUGGUAUGAACUGAAACAGUGUUCCUGAAUUGAAUAUACUUUAAUCAGUUAAUUGUCAGAUAGUUAAGGAAAAUCUUCCAAACUAUAUAGGUGCUUCCUCUAUAUCAGAUGAGUUUGCUGAUUUUCAAAUCUUGUGAAUUUAAAUAAAGAACUUUAUAAAAGCAGUCUUAACAUAAGAAUUUACUUCAUGUUAAAGAUCUUCACGUUAGAAUUGUGUCAGUUAUCAUAACCUUUAAAGAAAAAAAUCUGAACUGAGAAAGGAGCUCUGAAUUUAUUUGGCAGUUUAACUUUCGAAUUACACUUUUGUAGGUAGAUUUAUUCCUUUAUCUGAUGAAGUAAUACUAUGAAACAAAACAUCCAGAUUUUAAAGAUCAUGAAACACCAAAACUAUAUGUUAUAAAAUAAAGAUCAUUUAUUCUGUGAUCUUGCUAGAUCCUGUAAACUUUCUGAUCACGUGAGUGCUAUUUAUCUUUUAUAAUGUGGGAAAAAAAUUUUUCAGAAAGUUACUUUGGGUUGAUUCUACAGUUUUCUGAAAAGACUUAAUAGAGAAGUGCUGUUUAAACUUCUUAAAGUGUAUGUUGUCUCAUAUAUAAUCGCAGAAUACACAUGUGAUAUAGUUAGGAGAUAACAAUAACAAGGCCUUGGGUGUAAUCAUACUAAACAAAUUGCCUAUAGGAGAUAGCACUGGUAUUAGAGAACUUGUUUCCUAAAAAAUAAAUAAUAAUAAUAUAAAGUUUAAACUGUUCAGAAUGUUCAUAAAUCCUGGUUUGGUUUGUUGCAGCUGUCAGCUAACAUUUGGUUGAGCUCAUAUAAUCCAAACAUAAUUUUCAAAUUACUGUGUUGCCACUAUUGUUAAUUUGUUCCCUUCUUACUUUCUUAUAGCUGAAUCUUGUAUGACUGUAGAUGAUAACUAGCUAAAUGUAGAACACGAUUUUUCUGAGUGAGUUGUUUUUAGAAGCUUUGCACUAGAGAAAAAAAUGCGUAGAAUUUUUUGUUUUGUUUUAAAAAUGUGUAAAACAUUUUUUGAUGUAUUUGCUUUUAGGAAUGUAGAUUGUAAUUUAGGAAGUGACGUAUAUUCUACAAAGUGGUAUGAACAAUGUUAUAUAUAUAUAAAACAUGUAUAUUUGGUUUUAGUGUAUAUAUUUCAGUGACUGAAGAACAAAAGGAAGCUGAAGUGAUACAACAGCCCAUUCAUAAUUAUUAAAGCCAUGUCAUGACUGCC